UUAUGUCAGAUUUUGUAUUGAAAAAGGCGCAAACUUUGGAAAUAGGUAGCAAAUAAUUUAGAAAUAGAAUCCAAUUUGAAAUACAGAAAACUUGAGUGUGAACACAUCUAGAAUCUGGAAUUGAUAGUGUUUCACCCGAUUGUGUUUAUUUUCUAUAUUUUUCGGUUAAAUACAAAAAGGAUACUUCGAAAUGUGGAACGAUCAGUCCGUUGCCGGUGGGGGUUUCUUAAAUUCAACAAGUCAAUUUGGAAAUGCUGCGACCCCAAACAAGGGUCCAAAAAGUGGUCGCAGAGCCUCAAGAACAGCACCAAUAGUGAUUAAGCAAGCAAUACAUUGUGGUGACGAUGGCAUCAACAUAUGGGGCACUUCAAUUCAGAUAGUCUCCAUUGUUGCGAGAGUAAGGAAUAUUAAAGUACAGAGCACAAAGAUAACAUAUACUAUCCAGGAUAUGACUGGCAGGAUGAAAGCUGUAUUGUGGAUUGAUCAAGAAGCUAUGGAGGAGGAUGACAAAUGCUCACCACAAGUACAAGUAAAUGAUUAUAUUCAAAUAUAUGGAAAUGUUAGAGCCAACAAAGGGAGGAAUGUGUUAAUGGCUUUUAAAAUCAUGCCCAUCACAGAUGUAAAUGCCAUUGUAUUUCAUUAUUUGCAAUGUAUAAAUAACAGAUACAAAAUGGAAGCAGAAAGCAAGAAGGUAAAAGAUAUGGAUACUACAAGCAAUUUCACGAAUAAUGUGCCAGCUAACUCUCUUGCUGGUAUGGAUACUGGCUCAGUAAAUGGUUUGAACCAACGUCAAAUGAUGGUAUAUAACCUUAUUAGGGCUUCUACACUUGAGCAGGGUAUAAGCAAGGAUGAUAUAUAUGCAACCUUGAAGGAUAAAAUGCCCAGUGUUGAGUUUGAGAACAUUCUGGAAUUGAUGUGCAACGAAGGUCAUAUUUAUUCUACAAUUGAUGAAGAACAUUUCCGUGCUACCGAUGCCUUUUAACUCUACCACAGUCAAAUAAAACAGUUAUUUUUUC